AUGCAUGCGCUAUUUCAGCACGGAGCGCAGGUUGGCGUUCGUGGCAAUCAAGGAUAUACGCCACUGCACGAGACUUGCUGGGAGCGUCACGAAGGGCUAGAGGCGGCCGUGGAUAUGCUGCUGCGAUGGGGAGCAGAUGAAACAACCUUGAACUAUGGUGGAGCGAGCCCUGCGGAUUUCCUCGGUGGAAGAUACGGCAAGGUUAUUGGCCAUAAUCCGGCGCCGCAGGACGAGAUCGAUCGGACAAGACUUCUUCUCUCUCGAGCCCCGGCCGACAGAGCGUGGCGUCGCCGGGGCUGGUUGGUCAUGCUCCGCUCGCGCGACUCGAAGGCUCAGGAGGGAAAGUGUCGUAGCUCUGGCGGCUACGACCACGGUGAUGGUGGUGAGGUCGGGGGAUCUGAGAUGGCGAGGAGCGAGGGCAUGGCGGGUGCUGAUUAUGGCCGGCCUGGGACGACACGCAACGGUGCUGGUGGUGAAGUCGAGGCUGGAGGCGGAGAGGAGGUCCAAGACAUCGCGGCAGGGCUGCUUGGGCUUAGAAGGAAAAGCGUGGUGCACACGGCUAGCAACGACGGAUGUGUGGUUGGCGCCGAGGGCGGAGAGGAGGGCUUACGGUUGGAGGUGCUUCUGCUGUUAGGACUCGGGCUGGAGGGGGUGUUUCGCGCGGUGGUGGGCUUCCUUUGA